AUGAAGGAACAACUGGCGUCGAUGCAAACGCCGCUGCCUACUACGAUCUCAUCGCACGGCACUUUCAUGGCAUUAGCCGUGCCCAAGUCGACUCGAUCAGUGUUCCGCACUUUGAUUGGUCUCCGCGGACUCGUGGCAGUGGCUGGCGUGGCGCUUGUCGUCGUCGUCGUCGUUCAAGCAUCCACGCCCACGAUUGCCGUGACGAAUGAAAUCAGCAACGCAGCAGCCAUGCAGAGUCUGAACUGCCUUCUUGCGGACGCCGGAACGUCUCCGCGGUGCAACUUUCCCAGCUCGGCCGCGCAAUCGUGGUUUGCGCCACCUCGCAACCUCCACCCAAGCAUCCGCCACGACGUGCCCAUUCCCACCAACAGAUGGUGGGGUAACCUAAUCAGCUCUCCCCGCGAAGACACGGUGCCCGAGAAGCGCGUGUGGACCAACCCGUACGCCGUGGUGUUGCUUCCCCAAGGCGUUAUUGUCUCGUUUCCGUACGGCACGCGGUACUUUGACGGCGCAUCCGGCAACGUCGGCGGCGCCAAGAGCUACAGCCACGCGUACUCCAAGGAUGUGACCAUCGGCGCCAUCACGUCGUCAUCGCAGUCGUUUCAAGUCACGAGUUGGGAUGACUUGGGCGUGACCGUGCGCCAAGAACGCGCCGCCGACCAAUGGCUCGAGACGUCGCUCGUGAGCGGCAUGGCAUAUGUGACAGCGUUCUACUCGAAGCUCUCGCCGCGAGUUUCCACCGAGCACGCGAUCGUGUCCAUCAACGAGGCGGGUCUGGUCAAGCGGUCCACAGUCACUAGCACCAAGUUUGUACUCCGUCUCAGCAACGGCCAGCAGUGGGCGGUGUACACGUCGUCGCCGUUGACGCUAUCUGUCGUAACCGAUCGCAUGUUGCAGCAAACCGACUUGUUCACUGGCACCAUUCGCGUGGCGCUGGUUCGGACACCGCAGGACAUUGCCGCCCACGACAAGUACAACGGUGGGCCACCACUGGCCACCACUGGCAGCUGCGACAUUGGUCUCCUCCACUUUGCCUUGGCCCAUCACGCCGCCAUCCUCACCCCGGACACAGCCGCCCCCAUUGCGACCAUGAGCCGCCUCGAGUCGGCCACUCGCGGCGCGAUGAUCCCCCUCGCCACGAUUGCCAACCAGCCGCCCCAGUGGAUCCUCGCCGAGUCGCUCGUGCCCGUGGAGCUGUACCCCCGGCAACGUCCGUCCCGCGAGCGCAUCCAGCACACGCGCCUCCUCGCGCACCGCAAGGCCGACAUCGACGCGCCAUGGACCAUGUCCGUGGGCGGGUCGUACUACUUUAACGGCAAGUUGGCGCAGAAGUACGCGUCGCUGUGCUUGAUGGAGAGCGACCGCGCGGUCGUGGGCGCGGACGACUCGCUGCUGCGGCGGUGCCAGGCCAAGCUGACGAACGUGCUCAAGCUGUUCACGUCCAACGCGUUCACGCAUCGCCUCGUGUACGACACUGUGGCUUUGACGAGGCCAACACGUACGCCGACUUUGGCAACACCAUCUACAACGACCACCACUACCACUUUGGGUACUGGGUCGCGGCGGCGGCCGGCGGCGAUCGCAAACGUCGUGCACCCGACCAUGCCUGGCCUCGCCGCACUCAACCAGCGCGUGUCGUUUCUCAUUCGGGACGUGGCCAACGCCGACGCCGCGGACGCCGACUUUCCCAUGUUUCGCAUGUUUGACUGGUUCAAGGGGCACUCGUACUCGCACGGUGUCACAGCCGCGGUGGACGGCAAGGACCUGGAAAGCACGUCCGAAGACGUCAACUUUUACUAUGCGAUGGCGUUGUUUGGCCAAGCGACCGGCGACGUCCGGCUCGAGCGUCUCGGGCGGCUCAUGCUCAGCGUCAACGUGCGCAGCGUGCAAACGUACUUCCUCAUGACCACGUCCAACGAGAUUCACCCGCCGUCGAUCAAGGUCAACCAUGUGCCGGGUAUUUACUUUGACAACAAGGUGCACUACACGACCUGGUUCAGCGACGCGCGCAAGUCCAUCCACAUGAUCCAGAUGCUGCCCGUGACGCCUGUGACAGAGUACGUCCGCACCAAACAGUUUGUCCACGAGGAGUGGACCGACGUCCUGUCCAAGCUGCCGGUGGUGCAGCACGACCAGCAGCACGACGCUGCUCUCUCGCUCUUGUACCUCAACUACGCCACUGUGCACCCGGACGUGGCCAUGGCCAAGCUGCAGACGGUCGCGCUCGACGACGGCCUCACGCGGGCGUGGGCGCUGUACAUGGCAGCGUCCCGUUAUGUCUAG